AUAUGGGAUUGCUCUUCAUAUGGAAAUGGAUCUUGCCCAGGAUAUCAAAAUGGAUUUUGGACAACCACUGGGUGUCCAAGCUGCUAUGUUUUCAUUUAUGGCAGGAGCCAUAUUCAUCAUGGUGUUUGGCAAUCUUGCCAUAAUCAUUUCCAUUUCCUACUUCAGGAUGCUUCACACACCAACCACCUUCCUCAUCCUCUCCAUGGUAGUCACUGAUUUCCUCCUGGGACUCACCAUCAUGCCCUAUAGAAUUGUCAGAUCGGUGGAGACUUGCUGGUAUUUCGGGCUUACAUUUUGCGAGAUUCAUUACAGUUUUGACCUGAUGCUUGGCAUACCAUCCAUUUUUUAUCUUUGCUCUGUGGCCAUUGAUAGAUUUUAUGCUAUCUGUUACCCUCUAUGUUAUUCUACAAAAAUGAUGAUUUCCCUCACUAAGCGGUUGCUACUUCUCUGCUGGUCCGUCCCCCAAGCACUUGCUUUCUGGGUGGUCUUCUCAGAGGCCUACGCCGAUGGUAUAGAAGGCUAUGAUAUCUUGGUGGCUUGUUCCAGUUCCUGCCCAGUGAUGUUCAACAAGCUAUGGGGAACCACCUUGUUGAUGGCAGGUUUCUUCACUCCUGGGUCUGUGAUGGUGGGGAUUUAUGGCAAGAUUUUUGCAGUAUCAAGAAAACAUGCUCAUGCAAUCAAUAACUUGCCAGAAAAUCAAAAUAAUCAAAUGAGGAAAGACAAAAAAGUGGCCAAAACUUUAGGAAUAGUGAUGGGUGUUUUCUUAUUAUGUUGGUUUCCCUGUUUCUUCACAAUUUUAUUGGAUCCAUUUCUGGACUUCUCUACUCCCAUGGUUUUGUCUGAUGCUUUGAUACGGUUUGGCUAUUUUAACUCCACAUGUAAUCCCUUAAUAUAUCGUUUCUUCUAUCCCUGGUUUUGAAGAGAACUGAAGUACAUUUUACCAGGUAAAAUUUUCAGCUCACAUUUCCAUAAUACUAAUUUGUUUACUCAAAAAGAAACCGAAUAG